GGACAGAUGGCCUCACUUUUGACUCUAGAAUACUUUGGUAUACAAAGGAGUUCAUGGACGACUCAAAGAGUGCAAGGUGUCCAGGUCCUGCGGCUGCAAAACAAGCCCAAAUCAUCACCUCUCCACCUCUAUUGUUGGCAACAGAGAGGAUGGCAAUAAGAGCACUCUGGACAACUGUGGAGAACAAGCAUCACUGAAUAGCAAAGCAAGUCAGUCCAGAAAUCAAACUAUUUUCCAUUUCAUUCGAAAAGCUACACAAUUCUUCACCUUCCUCAGUAGGUGAUAGAGAAAUGAGAGAAAAUCAAGAAGAGAUUUCUAGCUGGGAAAAGUAGUGUGUGAUAUUCAAGCUUAUAUUACAUGAAAAGUCAAGGAAGAUUGUUUUUCCAUUCAGCAAAAGAGGGAAAUAUUUGGAAGUUACUGGGGACGAAAAGGUCAAUUGGAAAGCCACGUAGAGCAGACAGUGUUGAAGGUCUCACUGUGAGAGGAAGAAAACAGCUUGAAUCAAAGCACUACUAAGAAGUGACGAUCCAUUUUUUUUACCUCCUCAAGAAUAUAAGUUGUGGAAAACCUCCAUACACUUGCCUCUUGUAGGAAAGAUUCAACUUGAAAUCACAGCUGAUUAUGCCUAAGAGGAUUCAAACUGGAGAAAAACCUUACAUAUACUCUGAAUGUGGCAAAACCUCUGAUCAGAACAGCUUGUGAUAUGCCAGAUAACUCACACAGAGAGAAACCAUAUGAAUGUCCUGUUUGUGGGAAAAGCUUCACUACCUGUUCCAACCAUAUUAGCCACCAGAUGAUUCACACAAGCGAGAAUCUCUCUAAACGUCUUGAACAUGGGAAUAGUUUCACUCGGAAUUCUCACCUCAUUGCACAUGUGAGAACUCACACAGGAGAGAAACCCUUUGAGUGUCCUGACUGUGGGAAAAGUUUCACUAAAAAUUCCAGCUUGGUUCAACACCAGAGGACUCACACAGGAGAGAAACCUUUUGAAUGUCCUGAUUGUGGUAAAAGUUUCAUCAGAAUUCCAGCUUGGUUGAACACCAAAGGACUCACACAGGAGAGAAACCUUUUGA